AUGCCCGACUUACUUCUUCCACCCCCUUACCCGCCCACUCAACCCCUCUGGUGCUGGCGGCUGGCGCUGGUGCUGGUUCCUGGUGCUGGCGGGGUUCUCUGCUGGCGAGGUUCUCUGCUGGCGGGGUUCAAUGCUGGCGGGGUUCUCUGCAGGCGGGGUUCUCUGCAGGCGGGGUUCUCUGCUGGCGGGGUUCUUUGCUGGCGGGGUUCUCUGCUGGCGGGGUUCUCUGCUGGCGGGGUUCUCUGCUGGCGGGGUUCUCUGCUGGCGGGGUUCUCUGCUGGCGGGGUUCCCUGCUGGCGGGGUGAUGCGCGCUGGGCGGGACGGGGGUCUCUGCUGGCGGUGACGCUGCUGGCGGGGUCUCUGCUGGCGGGGUCUCUGCUGGCGGGGUCUCUGCUGGCGGUGUAG